GCUAUCACAUUUAAGAUCUUAUUUGAUUGGUGAAACAUAAAGUUCAUUCCAGCGAUGGAGGAGGAGCAACAGCAAGAGACCGCUGCAGAACCAGCACCCUUGCCUAAUGCAGAAGGCGACGGGCCAGAAGAUGCUUCAGACAUUGCACCAAAUAUUUCUGAUGCAGAUGCAUUAAAAAUACUUCUGGAGAUGAAGAUGAAGAAGAGGCAGAAGAAACCUAACCUUCCAAGCACCGUGACGGAAUUUGCGACUGAGGAGGGCUCCAAAGUUUAUGUCGUUGGCACUGCCCACUUCAGCGAUAGCAGCAAAAAAGAUGUAGUAAAGACCAUACAAGAGGUACAGCCCGAUGUGGUUGUGGUCGAGCUGUGCCAAUAUAGAGUUUCAAUGUUAAAAAUGGAUGAAAGGACUUUGCUAAAGGAAGCCAAAGAAAUCAAUCUGGAGAAGCUUCAGCAAGCUAUAAAGCAGAACGGGCUCAUGUCUGGAUUGAUGCAAAUGCUGUUGCUGAAAGUCUCUGCACAUAUCACAGAACAACUAGGAAUGGCUCCUGGAGGGGAAUUCAGGGAAGCUUUCAAAGAGGCGAGUAAAGUGCCUUUCUGCAAGUUUCAUCUUGGGGACAGACCGAUCCCGGUCACAUUCAAGAGGGCCAUUGCUGCACUCUCUCUCUGGCAGAAAGUAAAGCUUGCGUGGGGCCUCUGUUUCCUGUCUGACCCAAUCAGUAAAGAUGAUGUGGAAAAAUGCAAACAAAAGGAUCUACUAGAGCAAAUGAUGGCAGAGAUGAUUGGAGAAUUUCCAGAUCUUCACCGAACAAUCGUUUCUGAAAGAGAUAUUUACUUGACCUAUAUGUUGAAGCAAGCUGCAAAGCGAACAGAACUACCUCGUGCUUCUGAAGCUGAACCUAGAAGAUGUGUUCCUUCCGUUGUAGUUGGGGUGGUCGGCAUGGGUCAUGUACCCGGGAUUGAAAAGAACUGGAACACUGAUUUGAAUAUCCAGGAAAUAAUGAGUGUGCCUCCUCCAUCCACCUCCAGUAAAAUCCUAAAGUUUGUUAUAAAGGCUACAGUACUUGGACUGGUGGGCUACGGCUGCUAUCGGAUGGGACACAGGACAGUUCGGUUUAUUCUUUCUGUGCCCAUUGCACAGAAGUAUCUUCAGAAACUGAUAGACAUAAAAUCUCAGCGUUGAGUUGGGAGACUCUGCAUCUGAUUGGGACAAAAUGGAAUGAACAUAAAACUGGAAACAAGGCGAGAGUUUUUGUCCCAAAGUCUGUUCUGAUGCUGAGUUACUGCGUAAUCAAUGGAUUGGCAUUAAGUGCUACACCAGCUGUGAUCUAAAUAAUUAAAUGUUUUCCUAGCAAUCGAAUAAAAUGUGUGGCAUAAACAUAUAUGCCAACAUAAGGUACCUAGAGUAUGUACACAUAUAUUGUAUUAUUAUGUGUGUGUAGCAUAUUUAUGAUGAUCAUGAAAUACAAUAAGCCCAAUAUUCUUCAACAUGAUCCACUGGUAACUUCCAGUAAGCACCCUUAAAAUGAAUGAAACCUUUGCAGCAAUACAGUUCUUCUCACCACUGUAGCUUGUACAGGAGAAGUGCUGGGUUUGAUGUGACCCUUGAUUUGUCUGUCAAAGGAACAGGAAAACAAUAUGCGAAUUGUGUUCCAAUUAGAAGCACAGUGGCCCAUACGGUGUGUGUGUGUUUUCAUUAUAAGUAAUAUUGAGUUAUAUUUCCUGGAGUCAAGUAACUCAACCUUUAGAAGGAUUCUCUUCUUACCAGAAACCUUUUAUACGUAGUGGCUUUUUUAAAAGACAAAAAAAAAACCUGAACAAACUUUUGAAUAUCACAAAUAUGCUGGCUAUUGUUGAUAACACCGUUAUGUUUUGAAAGCCUUACUCGCUUUAAAAGUUGCCUUUAGCAUUAUCAAGUGGACGUGAUCCAGCCAAAAUUAAGCACUUUAAAAUCCAGUCCAUAUAGGUGGAAGGCUUAUACACUUCCCAUUCAGGAGUGCAGAACCUUGGCUGGAUCAUGCUUUUGUUUUGAGGCCUCUACAACAAUCUUUUUUUUUCUUUUUCCUUCAAUGAAAAAUUUAGCUGCAGCCCAUCUGCCUUUUUUUUUUUUUUCCUUUUUCAAAUUCUGUUAGAAAACCUAAGUUUACAGGACUCUCAGUUCCUGAUGGCAUGAGUCAGUGUUUCAAAAUUGCUGAGAAAAUUAUAGGUUUAUAUUGUAGACCUUUUCAUUCCUUUCAUUCCUCCUUUUUGGGGAAAAAUAAAUCUGGAACAGCUGUGUAUGUAGAAUUUAUCCUUCAUUUCUUGAAUAUCAUGUGAGCUAUUAUCACAAUUCCAUGUGAAUGUAAUAAAAUACAGAUUAAAAGAAUAAGUGGAAUGUUAUUUUAACAGAUACUAGUGUUUUUAAACUCUCUGGAUUUUGCUAACAUUGCAUUAUGGGUACUUUUCAACUAAUUGAACUUUUUAACAUCACAUUUUUUAAAAAAACUGUCAUGUAUGUUUAUAUGCCGUUAGGAUUACUUAGGAAUGUGUAUUUCUGUCCUCCCUACAGAUCAUAAAACUCAUAAUAAGUAAUCAGCGCAUUGAAAACAUAUUGUUAGGACUACAACUUGUGUUGAAUUGGUUGAAAAACAGUUCAUAAUCUUCCUUCUACUCUCCUCACCUUUUGGGAAGAUGGAUGAAAGUGAACAAUUUGUGGUUGAAAUUACAGGUAGUGCUCGUUCAGUGACCAUUUGCAGUUAUGAUGGUGAUGAAAAAGGAACUUUGCGACCAAUCCUCACAUUUAUGACCUCUGCAGGUCUGUAAAGCAAAAGGAAAGCUGAAGUAAGAUUGUAAGCACGGUUGCAGUUUCACUUAGUGACCAUUUUGCUUAACAUCCAAGUUGCCAGCUCCAAUUGUAGUCACUAAACAAAGACUACCUGUGGUAACAUCCAUACUCUGACUGCAUAUUUAGUUGAGCAAACAUGGGAGUCAAAACCUUCCAUUGAGGGCUAUCAGAAUCCUGCUUUUUGAAAGGUUCUUGGGCCUAUCUCCUGUUCACUUAGCAUGAUCUGGAACAGGGAAGUGUGCUUAGGGUUAGGGAAAAAGUAGGACUUAAGCACCACUGACUAAGGAUCAGGCCUAUGCUUAGUGCUUGCCUUAAGGGAGCAAUGGCCUUAGUUUUCUUACUGCUGAUCUUGCAGUAGAGUAAUGCCAUCUCAUCAUUCAUUGGUCAGAAUGGACUUCAAGACAGUUUUCUUGAAAUUAAUAGUAGUGGUACACCAACCAAAGGCCUGUGGGCUGUGUUCCCCAGCAGCAGGGGAAACAAAUAUUGCUAAUUAAAGCCUAAUUUCCUUUUUUUUUUUAUGGCACUGUGCACUGCUGUUAAACCUGCAAAAACAGCAACCUGAUCUUGCUAGUUAAUUGCAUUAGAAACUGUUUGCUCUGGGAUUGUGCCAGUCAGUUGUACUGAAGUAUCUAGAGAAGUAUUGUUAUGUGUGGAACUUCUCCCAACGUUCCCAGCCAGCAAGGUUGGAGAAGAUGGAUCCGUAAUAUGGGAUAUCCAUAAUAUGGGAUCUGAGUUCAAAAAUCAAAGUAAUUGUAUGGGAGGUGGAGAAACAGCCUUAAUUAUAUAUAUAUUCCCCUCAUGAUAAACCUGUCAGAACAAGAAUAGGGUCUGAUCCAUGAAAUGAUGGGGGAUUUGGCUUUUAAAGGUACAAAUCAACACAAGAUGCAAAGAUUAUGUCACUAUUCUUCAUACUGCUUUUUGAUGAUGGUUGGAUGAAGAAGGAAAUUCAGCUUAAAGGUAUCAUGUAUAAGCAGUGUCUAAUAAACCAGAGUACAGUAACUGUAUUAAUUCUUACAAUCUCCUUUAACUUUUAACACUUAAGGUGAAUCAAAUGUUUACAAGGAAAUUCUGUGAAAAUUAUUCUACUUUUUGGGGAAUUAGAGAACCGAGUGGAGGAGCUAUCAGAAUAUUACCUUACAUCUUAGUUCAUUGAACAGGUUUGUGGCACUUUCAGUUUUCAAUCACAGUCCUCUGUUUACUGGGGAAUAACUCCCAAUGAGUUUAGUGGGAAUUCUCAAUAAACAUGGAUAGGACUCUUAGUCUGUGUUUUCCUCAUCUUGUAGAUUAAAUAUGUUUACUUUGAAGUAUUUGUAAUUGGGUAAUUAUUACAUGAGAUUUAAAACAAGGUACAUGGCAAAUACAAGCCUUAACUUGAAUGGAGUAAUGCUUAACGAGGGACUUGAGGCACACUGUGCUAUAUGUAUUUCCUCUUGCCAAAAGUAAAUAAACAUUACCUGUAUGCAGGUAUCUCAUCUUUACCAAGAAA